GUACCAAUAACGUUGCAACGUGGACAGAAGACACCGCUCAAGAAUACAGCAAUUGAUCGCUUCAGGGGAUCGGGUCAGCGUUCGCAAGCGGAAAUAGCAAAUUUCAAAAAAGAGGAUUUGAUAAGUUUAGGCGUAACGUCGUCGCUGAAGAUGUUGCCAUCGUAUGUGCGUGCAGUACCAAACGGUACGGAACGUGGUGACUUUUUGGCACUGGAUUUAGGUGGUACCAACUUCCGAGUGCUUUUGAUCAAGCUGAGUGGUACCGAAGCGGAAAUGACUGGCAAAAUAUAUCGUGUUCCUGAAUGUAAAAUGAAGGGAACUGGUGUCGAGGUCAGGCAAUUCACUCUGAACAGAAAACUGAAUUGCGUACAAAUAUAUUGCACUCUAUUGCGUUCGUUCGUUUNAAUAUAUCGUGUUCCUGAAUGUAAAAUGAAGGGAACUGGUGUCGAGGUUAGGCAAUUCACUCUGAACGCGAAACUGAAUUGCGUACAAAUAUAUUGCACUCUAUUGCGUUCGUUUAUCAGAACGCAAAUGAAAUAUAUUCAGUUGAUUGAACAUAAUGAUUUCCAAAAAUUUUCGUUGACUGUAACAAUGAACAAUGUUAUUUCGAAAAAAAUUCAUACAAUAUUCUUCAAUCUUUAUACUCAGAGCAUUGACAUUUAA